AUGGAUGUGUCUGGCUGGAAGGAGAUGGAGGUAGCUUUAGUUAAUUUUGAUAAUUCUGAUGAAGUCCUAGAAGAGUCUGGGUAUCCCACUGACUUUGACCUUGCCAGCUUAAAGGGCCGUCCCAGCUGUAGUAGCCACCUCUCCAACUGGAGGGUCCUUAUUAAUGAUGGAACCAACCAUGAAACAAUCUUCUCCAAGCUCCCAGGAGACUACAGUGAUCCACAGGGGCCUGAGCCAGUGGCCAUGAAUGAGGGCAACCAGCGGGUCAUCAUCAAUAUUGCAGGUCUGAGGUUUGAAACUCAACUCAAGACCCUCAACCAAUUCCCUGAAACUCUCUUGGGUGACCGAGAGAAAAGGAUGCAGUUUUUUGAUUCCAUGAGGAAUGAGUACUUUUUUGAUCGAAACCGACCCAGCUUUGAUGGAAUCCUUUAUUAUUACCAGUCAGGUGGGAAAAUUCGGCGCCCAGCCAAUGUCCCCAUUGAUGUCUUUGCUGAUGAAAUCUCCUUCUAUGAAUUGGGUGUCGAGGCCAUGGACCAGUUCCGAGAGGAUGAAGGCUUCAUCAAAGACCCCGAGACCCAACUUCCCAAGAAUGACUUCCACAGACAGUUCUGGCUGCUCUUUGAAUAUCCUGAGAGCUCAAGUGCUGCCCGAGGUGUGGCGGUGGUCUCAGUACUGGUGGUGGUCAUUUCCAUCACUAUCUUCUGUCUAGAGACACUGCCUGAGUUCCGGGAAGAAAGGGAGCUAAAAGUGGUCAGGGAUCCCAGCCUCAACCUGAGCAAGACGAUCCUCUCCCACACCAUGUUCACUGACCCCUUCUUCAUGGUGGAAUCAACCUGCAUAAUAUGGUUCACCUUCGAGUUGGUGCUUCGAUUUGUAGUCUGCCCCAGUAAGACAGACUUCUUCAGAAACAUCAUGAAUAUCAUUGACAUCAUUUCCAUCAUCCCCUACUUUGUGACUCUCAUUACUGAGCUGGUACAGGAGACAGAGCCCAGUGCCCAACAGAAUAUGUCCCUGGCUAUCCUCAGAAUCAUCCGACUUGUUCGGGUCUUCCGAAUCUUCAAACUCUCUCGCCACUCCAAAGGGCUCCAGAUCCUUGGCCAGACCCUAAAGGCUUCCAUGAGGGAGCUGGGGCUACUCAUCUUCUUCCUCUUCAUUGGAGUCAUCCUCUUCUCCAGUGCUGUCUACUUUGCGGAAGUGGAUGAGCCAGAAUCUCACUUUUCCAGUAUUCCUGAUGGGUUCUGGUGGGCAGUGGUGACCAUGACAACAGUGGGCUAUGGGGACAUGUGUCCAACUACACCAGGGGGGAAGAUCGUAGGUACCCUCUGUGCCAUUGCUGGAGUCCUCACCAUUGCCCUUCCUGUGCCUGUCAUUGUCUCCAAUUUCAAUUAUUUUUACCACCGAGAGACAGAGAAUGAAGAGAAACAAAAUAUUCCAGGGGAAACAGACAAACUUCUUGCUAGUGUGAUCUCAGGAAUGGGCAGCACAGAUUCUCUGAAUAAAACAAAUGGUGGUUGUUCUAGGGAAAAAUCCAGGAAAUGA